AUGGCUCCCAUGCACAUUGUUGUUCGAGAGAUUAAGAAGAACAAAACCUCUGCUGCCAUGAAGUUGAGAGUUGUGCGUACCUACGAUGUUCUGCAAAGCAGAGGCAAUGAAGAGAUCAAAUCAAGAGAGUGUGUUUUCCAUGACCAUGAGAAUAAAUUUAUUGAAGGCAAUGUGUAUUGUAUAAAAAACUUCAUGGCCGUUCAACAUUACUAUAGCUAUAAGACAUGCAGUGGUCCUCACAUGUUGAAGUUAUUCAAUGAGACAUUGGUAAAAGACUACAAAGGAUUGGAUUUCCCUACACAUAUGUAUCGUUUACCGUCAUUUACUUCUUUGAACACAGUGGACCCUACUGUGUUAGUUGAUGUGAUUGGUCGGGUUGUGGAAAUACACUCCCCUUUGGAUAAGUUGAUAUCUGGUAGACCUUCUAGGCUCAUAGAUUUCCUCAUUGAGGGAUUAAACGGCAAUCAACUUAAAUGCACUGUUUGGGAUCAGCAUGUUGAGAAACUAAUGCCCUUUUUCAGAAAGGAUUUUGUAGAGCCAAUCAUUGUGCUAAUUCAGAUGGGAAGGCCAGUCAUUGUGCUAACAAAUGCAUACCUUAAAUCCCCUGUAUCUGUUGCUGUUAAAGUUGCUGAAACUUUAACAUAUUAUGAUGUAGCUGCUAAAGUGAAAAUAACAAGUUCUUAUGAUGCUACCCAACUACUGUUUAAUGGAGACAGUACUGAGUUUUUGGAGUUUAGAGAAAUCCUAAGUCUGCAGCAAACACCUUUAAAGAGCAUUACAUCCAAUUCAACUUAUAGUUAUGGUAAUUCAAGUAGUGGGGAUUUAAGUAGUUCAAAAAUGCAUAUCAUUACCAUAUCUGACAUCUUUGAGAAAAGAGAGAUUGGGGAUUUCUGGGUACCUGCACAGAUUAUCGGUAUAGAGUCCGAUGUUAAUGAUUGGUUUUAUGAGUCCUGCAAAGCACAAGGAUGUAAUAAGAAGGGUACAGCACCCUUUCUACUAUGGGAUCGUGAAGCACUUGAUUUGUUGAGUGUAAAAGCUGAUGAAGUGAUAGCAAUGCAGCCAAAGGUAAUGACCAAGAUCCCUAAAGAGCUUAAGACUAUGGUGGGCAAAGGGCUUUUCUUUAAAAUUGAUAUACUAAAAGACCAAUUGGACAACCUAAGUUUUUUUCCAGAGGAAGAGGCAAAGAGUCUAAAUGUGAAUGCUGUGAAGGAAGCAUCAGUUCCUGUAACUGAGAAUGAGGCUGUUAAGAGAAGUUUACUUGAUCAAUUUUCCAGCACUCAAACUUCAAGGAAGAAAAAACAUGUGGUGGUCAAGGAGGAGAAGGAACUUGAGGAUAAGGAAACCUGA